GGUGGGAUUAAGACAAUGCCCUUCAUCUUAGCAAAUGAUAUGUGCGAGAGGUUUGCAAUGCUGGGUUUCAGCAAAAACAUGGUUAACUACUUGACAAUUCAGCUUCAUAUGCCAUUAACAAAGGCUGCCAAUACAGUCACCAACUUCAGUGGAACUUCUAGCUUGACGCCAUUGCUGGGAGCCUUUGUCGCUGAUUCAUAUGUUGGAAGAUUUUGGACUAUCACUUUUGCAUCAACCAUAUACCUUCUAGGAAUGAUAAGCCUAACGCUAUCAGCCACGUUGCCACAUUUGAGGCCACCCAAGUGUGAAGGGAACCAAGUCUGCGUAGAAGCCAAUGGUAUUCAAUUGGCAGUUCUCUACCUAUCUCUUCUAUUGGCAGCUUUGGGAUCCGGAGGAAUCCGGCCAUGUGUGGUGGCAUUUGGGGCGGAUCAAUUUAUUGAGGAGGAUCCUAAGCAACCUAAAAAGACAUGGGUCUACUUUAACUGGUAUUACUUUGCUUUAGGAGUAGCAAUUUUAUCUGCAUCAACAGUGCUUGUCUAUAUUCAAGACAACGUUGGAUGGGGCUGGGGCCUUGGAAUUCCUACCAUUGCCAUGGCUUUGUCUAUAAUCGUGUUUUUAAUUGGUUACUCACUUUACCGACAUCUUGUUCCUGCUGGAAGUCCGUACACUCGUGUCUUGCAAGUCAGCAUAGCUGCUUUCAGGAAGAGAAAGACUACGAUUUCUGAUUCAAACUUGUUGUAUUCGAAUCAAGAACUUGAUGCCUCACUUUCCAAAGAUGGAAUGCUUCUUCAUUCUGAACAAUUUAAAUUUUUAGACAAGGCAGCUAUUGUGACUGAAGACGACAAGCUCAAAUCAUGCGAAAAACCAAAUUUAUGGAGACUUAACACUGUUCACAGAGUUGAAGAGUUAAAAUCUGUGAUCAGAUUGUUACCCAUAGGAGCAGCUGGAAUUCUAUUUGCCACGGCUGAUGCCCAACAAAACACGUUCUCAAUUCAGCAAGCCAAUACCAUGGACAAGCACCUAGGAAAGGGUAAUUUCCAAAUACCCUCAGCUUCCAUGUCCAUCUUUGCCACAUCCUCUAUGCUCAUUACAAUAGCUUUUUACGACCGGCUACUCGUUCCUAUCGCACGCAAAUUCACGGGUCUUGACCGGGGCAUAUCCUAUUUGCACCGGAUGGGGAUUGGUCUAUUCAUUUCAAUACUCUCAACUCUAGUUGCUGGGUUCAUUGAGGUGAAGCGAAAAGAUGUAGCAUCAGCUAAUGGGCUAAUUGAUACCACCAAAUCUAUAAUUCCCAUUUCAGUUUUUUGGCUUGUGCCACAAUAUAGCCUUCAUGGCAUUGCUGAGGCUUUCAAGGCAAUUGGUCACCUCGAAUUUUUCUAUGACCAAGCACCUGAGAGCAUGAGGAGCACAGCUACUGCUUUGUAUUGGACAGCAGUAGCUACUGGGAACUAUACAAGCACACUUUUGGUUACGCUGGUGCACAAGUAUACCCACUGGCUACCUAAUAAGAAUUUGAAUAAGGGGAAAUUGCAGUACUUUUACUGGUUGAUCACUGGUUUGCAAGUCCUGAAUUUCAUAUACUAUUUGGUAUGUGCUAAAUUUUAUAAUUUCAAGCCUCUUCAUUGCCAGAAAAGAGAUCAAGAACAUGGUGACUUGAAUGGAGAAGAAAUGGAGCUUGCAAAAAUGGUUUAGUCAAUUACCCUGUUGUUAGUUCUUUGUAAAGGCAAAUCUCUCUCUGGUUUUCUAUCUGGUUGACCUCUCUUAAUCUGAUUGUACGAUAAGAACAGAAUCAG